AUGGACGAGGCGAUUGGGGCGAGGGUUUUGGCGGGGAUUGAAGAAGCGAGUCUGGAAGAGAUUCUCAAGGCCGUCCGCGGCAAACCUACACCCGCGAGUGCCGCCAAGCAGACGCAUAUCCCGGCCCUUGAUGCCCUUGCGGCGACGAGCCUCCGCCGCACGCAGUCGCGCACCAUCUCCCUGUGCGGGCGUGCCCUGCCGCUGCUCUACGAGGUGAUAGCAACGCUCGUGUCUGCGCCGCACUUUUACACGCUCCUCGUGCUGGACUUGGACGCCCGCUUCGACCCUACCUGUCUGGAGACGGAGCCCUCGAACCUCGAGCACGUGUAUGUCCAGCGGCCCGCGCAGAGUUCGCCCGAACACCUGCGCGGCCUGGUCGCCGCGGCAGAGGCCUUUAUGCUGUAUGACGACGCUGCGAGGCUGAGCAGGGGACGGGAGUGGUGGGGGACGGUGGUGAUGGGCGGCCUGGCGGCGGGCGACUUGACGGCCGGGUGGAAGGGGUGGGCGAGGGUCGAUAGGGCCGCCGUCAUGGGGUUUGCCUUGGGCACGAGUGCGGAGGAGGCUUUGGCGCAGAGGGCGACGAGGGAGAGGGCGGUUGAGGGGGCAGGAUGGGCUGUGAGCUCGGCGUUUGGAGGGUUUGGCUUUGGCGGCAAGGACGACAUGGACGUUUGA